UGUAGUCGGGCGAUGGGAUCUGUCCUCUUCACUUUGCUCUAUAAUAUCUUCAAGUUAUCCCAAGGUCAUGUUAUAUAAAUAAAUACUACUUCUGGCCUUCAUUCGCAGUCCAAGCAAGCGGUUUACUAUCCAUCUAUUCUACUCCGCUCAAAGUACAUCCAUCCCAUCACCGACCGCUCUUUCGCUUUCGUUCGACUCUUAACCUACAUACAUCACAUCACUUCACACACAAACGCCCACCUCCCAAGCUUGCCUCAACUAACGAACACCGACCGGGCAAGAUGUUAUCCUCCCUCCUAACCGAAAUCCAAAAAAUCGUCACCCCCACCGCCCACCAACAACCCCCCAAGAAAGCUCACCCCAAGCCCAUUAAAACCACCUACGAAUCCCUCCCCAUCGAGCUUCCUCCCGGUUUUCUCGCCACCGAACCUGGUGUUACCCCAGUCCCAACUCUGACGGAGAUUGAGUGGGAAAAGACCAAGUUACCCGAGAACAAGGGACUGUACGCGGUGGUGUUGGAUGGAGUACUGACGAGGGAGGAGUGUGAUUCUCUCAAAAAGUUGGCGGAGGGGAGUGUACCUCCUGCACAAUGGGUCCCCGUAGAUCCCGAUGCUGCUGAAGAGUCUUCUUCUAAGGGAGGUGAAGGAGAAACCCCAAACGAGCAGCAGAGCAAAGAAACAGAGACAACAGAGGGGAAGACACCAUGGGGCCCCGCCCUAGUCAACGUCGGAAUGGGCUACGAAGUCCUCACCCCUUCCUACCGCAACUCGUCGCGCAUCAUCUGGGACCAGCAAGAGGUUGUGGACAGGCUUUGGGCGCGAUGCUGUCUUGCUCCCGGACUCCAAAAAAGAUUGGCGGUGCUGGAUUCGAAAACCGAAAGAGAUGCGAAAAUCAUUACUGGACGGUCUUUGGGGGAUGGGCAUGGGGAGCAGCUUGAGCCAAAGGAGGAGGUGGUGGAGAGGUAUGCUAAUGGGAAGAAGAAGGGGAAGAGUAAGCAGCAGAGGAAAGAUAAUGCAAAGGGGAGGACGACGGGGAAGUGGGAGUUUGUCAAAGUCAAUAAACGGAUGAGGUUUUUGAAGUAUGGGGAGGGGCAAUUCUUUAGAGCCCACUGCGACUCCCCCUACCGCGAACUAGACCCCACCAACUCGGACCGAAUCAAUGAGACGUUCUUCACCAUCCACCUCUACCUGAACGACUGCAAAUCGGAAGUGCCCCCAGACCAAAAAGACGAAACCGAACUAGUUGGUGGUGCCACGGCCUUGUUGUCUGCGGACGAGAAGAGGAAGUAUGAUGUUGAGUGUAAGACGGGGAGGGUGCUGAUCUUUCAGCAUCGGAGAGUGUUUCAUGCGGGCGCGGAUGUGGUGAGGGGGGUCAAGUAUAGUGUUAGGACGGAUAUUAUGUAUCGGGAGGUUUUGGAGGAGGAGCAGAAGAAGGAAGAAGAAGAGGGGAAGGGAAAGGAAGAAGAGGUGAAGGUGGAGGUGGAGGGAAAUGAGAAGGCUGAGAAGAUGGCAGACGACAUAUGACAAGCCGCUGAAGGAGGCCGGUGGUGGGAAGUAGUAGGCUUGAUAAUCUUUCGUAACUUGAUAUCUCCUUUUCCAUACUCUUCUCUAGCAGUAGCACAUAGCAAUCAAUCAUAAUCUCUCCCGUGAAC